CGGGUUUCCUCUUUGCAGAAAGCAGCAUGGAGAGUAGAGGAGAUGAUUUUGCCAAAAAGUGCGGCUGUAAAGGCAUCAGAACGUGUUUGCUGUGUGAGGAAGAGAAGGCAACAGUCAAUGGGUCCGAGGGAAAUGCGGGAAGACUAGUGAGGUACAUGUACUGUCACCAGUGCCACAAGGCAUGGCGUCACACAGAAGGUUCUCUAUGCCAGACAGAGCAGAUAGACUUCCCAGGAGUGCUGAUAGUGGAAGACUUUAUAACACCGGAGGAAGAGACUGAAAUUGUCACUGUGAUAGAAGGUACUGAGUGGAAGAUGUCUCAAUCAGGGAGGAAGAAACAGGAUUUUGGCCCCAAAGUUAACUUCAAGAAGAAAAAGCUGAAGCUUGGAGGCUUCACAGGUCUGCCCAGCUUCUCUGCCUCCCUAUUGGCCAGGAUGAAGUCACAUGACCUGCUGAAGGACUUCACCCCUGUGGAACAGUGUCACCUUGAGUACGACCCCUCCAGAGGUUCAGCCAUCGACCCACACUUUGACGACUUCUGGUUAUGGGGGGAGCGACUGGUAACUGUCAAUCUUCUAGCUGACUCCGUGUUGACCAUGUCAUGUGAGGAAACAGACAAGAUAGAAUUAACCACACAGCAAACUACACACUGUGAGCAUGGCAAGAAAUCUGUUCCAAGUCCUGACUGUGACCCUGGUAGUCAAACUAAAGCUGUUGCAGAUCCCCAAGAUAUGACACGAAGUCAGGACAAGUCAGAGAGCAAUAUCCUGAGGUAUUGCGAUGUUGAAGUUGCCAUACCAAUGCCGAGAAGGUCUCUGAUUGUGGUGCAUGGAGAUGCUAGGCACAAGUGGAUGCAUGCCAUUCACAGAGAGGACAUCACCAGCCGAAGGAUUGCUGUUACUUUAAGAGAGCUAUCGUCAGAGUUUAGUGCUGAGGGGGUGCUGAAUCAGACUGGGAAAGAACUCAUUGACAUUGCUCUGUCUUUUAAUGGAUCUGCUAUAUCAUAACAAAUGACACCAUUGGACUUUAAGGUUUUAAUGGGAUAUUUGCUCUACAGUGAGGCAAAGACAUUCUUUGCAUUUGUAGCUAUAGUUAGUCUGUGAUGAAACCUGAAUUUUUUUUGUUAGCAAUGUGUUUGUAGAAUAUUAAAUAUUG